AUGCCCAAGAACGCUAACAUCUGCCGCGUGCUCUUUGCAGCUCUACCAGACCACUACUUUAAGUGCAACUAUUGCAACAAAAAGACUCUAAGAAAGUACCUAGCUGCAACAACGCGAGCUGUCGAAAAGGAGAUUGCCAAUACAAUCCCCCCGAUGUUUGGAGCCAUCGUGUGCAAGAACAACCAAGAAGUCUCGAUGAAGUCGGUGCUGAAAUUAUUUGACAAGAUGGUUGAAAUGUUCCCCGUAACGGGUGACUACCUACGCCCCGACGCUGACAUUGUUCACCACCCGGUUUCUCGUGGUGCAGAAACCGACUUGACUCCAGAAGAGUCACAGGGCCUCCAGCCGCUCCAACUGGAAGCUGUCGCUUCUGAUCCGGCCAUGGUCAGCGAACUCGGAGUCCGAGUGCGCUUCGAGUCGGACGGUCGCCCGCAGCGCAGAGGACUUCGCAACCGCGCUGCUACGAUCGCGCCCGAACCCCCAGCUCGUGGCUCCGCCAUACGACCCGAUCGUCGUCGUGAUUCCCCCCAACCAGCAAUUUCUGCGAGAGGUUGUUCUCGCAGUGCAAGCUGA